AUGCCCGCGGUGGCGGUGCGCCACGAACGGCGCAAGCAGGAGAAGCGCGCCGGCGGGGGCGGGCGCCGGCCCAGCCAGCUGCAGCUGCAGCUGGCCGCCCUGAAGGGCCGCGGCUCGCCGCCGUCGCGCGCCACCUCGCCCUCGCCCUCGCCGCAGAGUCCGCCCAGCGUGCGGCAGCUCGACGACCCCUUCUCCAGGGAGAUCUACGUCUGCGGCAAGGUAUCUAUUCUCCACUUGUUGGUGGUGUCCCUGUUGCUGGGUACAGUUUUGCUGAUAGUUGGACUAGUCCAGCUCAAACCAGGAGCAGAUGCCUCCGACCAUCGAUAUGCUCUGCUUGGUGCAGGAGGAGCUCUAGUGGUGAUUGGGGCCAUACUAACAUCAGUGCGCUGUCGACUGUUACCGUGCUAUGAAGCCACUUCUGCUUCACAUGAGUGUAUACAGAGACAACAUUCACAGCUAGAGACACAGCAACAAGAACAAGAAUCUCAGCUUCCAGAACAGAAUGAAAAUAAUGAGACACCAGCUGUGGAAGACAAUUCAGUUGUUGUGGAGCAACACCUCAGUAUGAGUGGAGGUUCUCAUGGCGCCUUCCUCUCAUCUCCCUCUGAGCAUGAUGCACUGCUUAUUCCCACUUCAUCUUCUCAAAACACCGUUCAUGCCGUAUCUCACACUCCUUCUAACUGCAACUGUGAUCCUGAAAAAGCUUGCACUACAGUUAGUAACUCUUAAGGGGUGUCAUUGUUCCGUAAUACUCAGAGCCUGGUCUCUACAGCUGGCAUAUGUGAUUCUGAGAUUUGGAAAUGAAAGAUACAGUAUGGGAAGAAAAUUAAAUGCUUCUCUGUGUAGCAUAACCUACAGUGUUCCACUGAAUCCUGACCAUCAUUAAGCUAACUUCCACUUUUUCUGAGUAGAAUUUAGCUCAGAUACAGCAGCACUUUACAAACAAACUUUAAAAAUAUUUUUAGGGAUUGAAAUUGUAAAAGGCUGUCCACAAUCAUUGCAGAUUGUCUCACUGUCCAUACUUCAUGUGAAUACCAGUACUGAUUAUUUAUCAGUAUUAGCAUUAGCAGUAACUUUCAUUAAUGGAUAAUUUCAUAUUAUAAUGCUACACCAGAGUUUGACAAGAAGUAUCUAAAUUACUUAACCAAACUGGGAGUUAUGAAUCCCAUAACUCUGCAAAAGAACAAUGGCAUAUCUUAGUUUUCAUAUAUGCCAGUUGCAAAGAACCAUCAUGACAGUGCCUUCUAGCACAUCUUCUUCACAGCAGGCACCAUGACACAUCCUUGAAAAUGCAUACAGAGAGAUAAAAGUAUGCUCUAAGAAGUAUCCCACUGUAUCAAAAAUUGUGGUAUGUACACUGCUAUGCGUUUUCAUUUCUUUUCAUCUUUCUCUGUCUUUUACUGUCUCUCUGUAUCUCUAACUCUCACAUCAUAAAUUUAUUUGACUCUCACCCAUCUCCUUCCAUUUUCACCCACUGACUCAGCAUAAGAAAUGCAUUCUUCUAUAUGUCACUCAUCAUUUACAGAUUUGUUAUGCUAUCAUAGAUUUCAAUAUAUUUCAUGUACUGUAACAUCACACUGUAAUGCUUCAAAAGCACUGUUACAGAAACAUUCCCAUCAUACAAAAGAUAUACUUUUGGAUGCCUUGAAGCUUGUAAACUCCAUAAAAGGAGGUACUUAAAUACUCUGUAUAGUACAUUUUAUAAUUAUAAAUUUUAAGAUUAAGAUUGAUCGCAAUUAAAACAACUUUAUAAAAUAUUAUUUACACAAAAAUUGUUUACAAAGAUCAGCAGUGGAAUAUAUCUUUACAUAAA